AUGCUGCUGAAUUUCAGUGGCCUUCAGGCCCUGGUGACAGGGCAGGGAAAGAUGGGGAUCGGGUGGGACACCGUGAAGGCCCUGCACGCCUCAGGAGCCCGAGUGGUGGCUGUGAGCAGUAAUGCCGACCUGGUCAGCCUCUCCAAGGAGGGCCCCGGGGUAGAGCCCGUGUGCGUGGACCUGGGUGACUGGGAGGUCAUGGAGCGGGCACUGGGCAGCGUGGGCCCUGUGGACGUGCUGGUGAACAAUGCCGCCGUGGCGCUGCUGCAGCUCUUCCUGCAGACCACCAAGGAGGCCUUCGACAGGUCCUUCAGUGUGAAACUGCUGUUCCAGGUGUCUCAGAUUGUGGCCCGGGGCAUGAUCAGCCACCACGGAGUGCCUGGCUCCAGCGAGAACGUCUCCAGCAUGGCGGCCCAUGUCACCCUUCCCAACCUAGCUGCCUACAGCUCCACCAAGGGUGAAAUGACCAUCCUGACCAAAGCCAUGGCCAUGGAGCUGGGGCCGCACAAGAUCCGGGUGAACUCGGUAAACCCCACGGUGGUGCUGACCGCCAUGGGCCAGCAAGCCUUGUCUGACCCCGAGUUCGCCCGGAAGCUGAAGGAGCGCCACCCGCUGAGGCAGUUUGCAGAGGUGGAAGACGUGGUCAACAGCAUCCUCUUCCUGCUCAGCGACCGCAGCGCCCCCACCAGCGGCUCGGGAAUCUUUGUGGAUGCCGGGUACCUGGCCUCUUAA